AUGGGGUUUGAUAAGUUCUUCAUUUUCUUCACUUAUAUUUACUUUUUUAUGCUAUCAACCCUCUUAUAUUCUCGACAUUCUUCAUGCAUUGAUCCGGGGUGUGACUUCUACCGGGGCCAAUGGAUUUACGAUGAUUCGUAUCCUUCCUAUAAAGCCUCACAAUGUUCGUUUAUUGAAGAUCAAUUUGAUUGUAUAGGCAACGGAAGGCCCGAUAAAGCCUACCUCAACUAUAGAUGGAAGCCCGACGGAUGCCAACUUCCCAAAUUUAGCGGGCAAGAUUUCGUGACAAGGUUUCGAGGGAAGAGAAUUAUGUUUGUAGGGGACUCACUUAGCCUCAAUCAGUGGCAAUCUCUUACAUGUAUGCUUCAUACAUCUCUUCCCAAAUCAAAUUUCACCCUUGCCAAAGUUGGAGAUGUCUCGACAUUUUAUAUCCCGGACUACAACAUAUCACUGAUGCUAUCUCGAAAUGCUUUUCUAGUCGAUCUAGACAUCGUCAAUAAGAGUAGAAUUUUGAAGCUCGAGUCUAUCCGUAACGGAGAAACGUGGAAAGGUUUCGAUAUGCUCGUAUUCAACACAUGGCAUUGGUGGCUCCACAAGGGGAAACAAAAAGCAUGGGACUACAUAGAGUUUGGUGGUAAAGUAUAUGAAGACAUGGACAGAUUGGUAGCAUUUAAGGAGGGACUAAAGACAUGGUCAAAAUGGAUUGAUUCUAACAUAGAUCCUUCUAUUACCAAAGUUUAUUUUCAGGGCAUCUCUCCCACUCACUACAAUGGUGCCGAGUGGAAUGCAUCUACAAAAGGGACAACAUGCCUCGGAGAAACCCUACCGAUCAUCGGGCCGGCGUCCGGAGGCAAUUUGCCGGCAGUCGAGGUGGUCAAGGGAGUGAUAAAUAACAUGACGAAGGUGGGGAUUGUACGCCUUCUCGAUAUAACAGAACUUUCGGCAUUGCGAAAAGAUGGACACCCGUCGGCGUAUGGAUUGGGAGGCCAAAAGGGCAACGAUUGUAGCCAUUGGUGCCUCGCCGGUGUCCCCGAUACGUGGAACCACUUGUUAUAUAGCAUAUUAGUUACCAGCAUAAAGUCAUAAAGUCCUAACGUGUGUAUUGGAAAAUAAAUUUGGGCAAAUAAUAUGCUCCAUUUUCAU